CCGUUAAACUUUCAAAUCGUGCUGCAUACGAAGUCGGAGAAAGGUUUUCGAAAACUUACGGGCGAUUUUUCGUCGCGUUCAGUGAAUAUACGAUUGGUUUCCAAAGUCUCUAAUCGUCAAUCAGUGAAACAGGAUGGCCCAUAAGAUCUACUAUUCGGAUAAAUACUACGACGACAAAUACGAGUACAGACAUGUGGUUUUGCCAAAAGAGAUGGUAAAAUUUGUGCCCAGUACUCAUCUGCUCUCUGAACAAGAAUGGAGAGCUAUUGGUGUCCAACAAAGUCAAGGAUGGGUACAUUAUAUGAUUCAUAAACCAGAGCCACACAUCUUGCUCUUUAAGAGAAAAAUAACAUCACCACCACCAGAAGAUCAGAUCCUUUGACAUGAUUGUACCAAUUUGUAAAUAAUGCUUCAGAUCAUUGUUAAUAUUCAUAGAAAAGCUCAACUAUCAUGGCAAACCAUCUUACUGACUUUGAAAAUCUGAUUGGUAUACCAUUCCUGAAACAAUUGCCACACAUAUUCCUGUUUGAAGUUUUGCUAAAUUUUCAAAGAUAUAAUAGCAUGUUUUAUUUUUUUCAAUAUUUUGUUACAUUAACAUGGCCUUCUGUCUUCAUUGCCAAUAA